GCUGUGAGGAAUGAGGAAUCCGAAGGCGAGGCGAGUCCAGUCGAGGUUUGUUUGAUCUGCUCGAGGGGAGAUUGUCGCAGUUGUUGCUCCAGGAUCACAAAGUAAGUGAGCUACGAAGCAUUAGACGAGGUGGGUUUUUGUUGUCUUUUGCUGUGAGCGGAACAGAAAUAAAGAUGAUGGCAGUGUGGAUGUAUCCCAUCUCGGGAUUCUAUUUCUUCUUCCGGAAUGUGCAUCGUUUGUGGUGGCGCGUCGCGAGGCUAGUGCUGGAGCUUGGGGCCGCAGUUGUGGGCACCCUCUUUUUCCUCUUCUGGGGUACCUACGGUGGACAGCGAAAUUUUUUGCUGAGGUUUCUACCUCACUGGAUGGGGGCGCCCGGCGCGAUUGGUCUCAUCCUCCUCGAGACCGCGAUUACGAUCGUGGUUUUGUUCCAGUAUCGGGUGGAGAGCGUGCAGCGGAAGCUCUUCAUCGACGUGCUCGCGAUCCGUAAGAUUACGGUGGAGCCAGCCACGCCUGAUGAGCAUGCGUGGUUACAAGAGCGGCUGAUUCCGCAGCUGGCUGGGGUGCCGACUGAAGCCCCGAUGACGCAAGUGUCGCGGAAGAAGAAAGCGGAGAGUUAUUUGAGCCAAAUUUUGACGGAAGAUGAGCAUCCCAUCCUGAAUUUCCUGAUCACUCUUCCGCUCAAUUUCUUCCCUGUCGUGGGAAAUGCUAUGUUUUGCUACUUGAAUGCGUUCCCCACCGCCAUAUCCUUGCACCACUAUUAUUUUACGGAGAUGAAAGGGUUGACCUCUGAGGAGUUCUCCGCUGUGGUGCAUGCGAGGAAGCCUCAUUACCAGUCCUUUGGUUUCGUGGCCUCUGCGCUUAGUCUUAUUCCCGGCCUGGACAUCCUGCUUAUACUCACGAACGCGGUUGGUGCAGCAUUGUGGGCUGCCGACAUGGAGAAGACGCAGGGAAGCGUCAAAACCAAGUACUGAACAAGACUAUCUCCCUCCCUAUGGCGAUUGGAUUGGUUUGACAAGCAUGUGAAGACUUACGGUACUUUCAGCAGUGCCUCGUCGUCAGGAGAGUCAUCCCAAGUCUAAGCCAAGCUUCAGAAAGACCAACGUGGGAUCUCAUAUGAGCGAUCUGGGUUAGCUGAUCUGAUUUGAAGAUAUCAGAGCUCAUGAACUGAAAAAAUGGCCCUAGGAAAGGAAGCGGGGGUAGAAGGAUUCUUCCUUCGUCUGUUUAUGUUACGAAUUUCGAUCAGCUUAGCUCCACCGUUAGUGGGGUCGACUGCUCGCUUUUGUAAAAUAGCAUUGUUGAACCGUGUAAAUCUCUGGGUUGGUUGAAAUCGACUGUGGCCAGAGGCUCGGUCCGUUAUUCAUUUUAUGAUUGGAAAUGCUAGUCUUUUUCUCAAUUUGGUUGCAACCAGACCUCCUGCCAUGGGAUUAGGGUUAGGUGUCGAAGCGUAAUAACUAAGUUUUGUGUGUGGUGUUUCUCAUUCACAGGAGGUUGGAACCGCUGUGCGUAUUUCUGAGAUGCUGCCCCUCUUUCUUAAACGUCGAUAUUCCUUGAAUGUUGCUUUUGGUC